UUCAAGUGAACUUCGCGGGAAUCGGAACGAUUCGUUGGGUGCCUGGCCAUGUUGACCAUAGUGGGUUUGUGUCUGACCUUCGUGCAUGUGGCCUUUGUGGGGGUUUACUUUUACCUCACCUGGUACCACAAAUAUUGGGAAAAGCGGGGCGUAGUCACCGCCGAACCACUGACCAUUUUGGGAACUUAUCCGGGCAUUCUAGUCAACAAGAGCCGCAGUCUCAUACUCGAUGUUCAGGAUGUCUACAAUAAAUACAAGAGCAAACACAGAGCUGUGGGAACUUUCAUCACUCGACAACCGCAACUUCUCAUUUUGGAUCCCGCUUUGGCCCAUGAGAUUUUGGUGGACAAGUUUAGUUAUUUUCGUGACACUAUAACCAGCAGUUUUGUGGGUCACAAUCCGGAUGAGAAGUAUGUGGAGAAGUCACCCUUUUUCAGUGCUGGCGAGGAGUGGAAACGAAGGCGCACCGAGAAUGCGGGCGGAUUGACGCCCACUCGACUGAAACAGGCCUUUACCAUUUGGGAGCAGAGUGGUCGGAAGUUGGUUGACUACAUAGAGAGGGCGCGACGGGAGAAGGGCGAUGUCAUCGAAACCAGAGAUCUAUCCUAUCGAUUUACGGCCGACACAAUGGCGGACUUUAUAUGGGGCAUCGAUGCGGGUUCUCUAAGCGGCAAAAUUGGUGAGAUCGGCGCCUUCCAGAAGACCUCCACGGAAUGGACCGUCCAUGCCUUCAGCUCGAUGAUUCGGUUUAACAAGAGCCUAGUGGCUCCCUUUGUGCGGAAAAUGUUCAGCAUGCGAUUCUUUACCAAGGCCGCGGAGGCGUUCUUCCUGCAAAUAACCCAGGAUGCAGUGAAACUUCGGCAAGGUGGAGCUGCUGAGGGUCGCACGGACUACCUAUCGCAUCUCAUCCAACUGCAACAGCGGGGAAACUCCAUUCACGACACAGUGGGUCACGCCCUCACCGUUCAUUUGGAUGGAUACGAAACUUCUGGAGCACUUCUCUACCACAUGCUCUAUUCGCUGAGCGAGCACCGCGAAGAGCAGGAAAAGUUGCGAUCGGAAAUACUAGACGCCUUGGCCUCCGAUGGUAAUAUCAGCUACGAAAAGCUCAAUGCCCUGCCCUAUCUGGAUCAAUGCUUGAAUGAGUCACUUCGACUGACCACUCCCAUCGGUUUCUUCAUGCGUAUCUGCACUAAGCCCAUCCAGCUUAAUUUGGGCGAUGAGAAAACUGUGAGUUUGGAACCAGGCACUACAGUAAUGGUCCCUGCCUUUCAAUACCACCAUGAUGAUGACAUCUAUCCGGAGGCCAGUGAGUUUAAGCCGGAACGGUUCGAGAAUGGAGCGGCGAGUGAACUUAACAAACGUGGAUGCUUCCUGCCCUUCGGUGAUGGUCCUCGUAUUUGUUUAGGAAUGCGAGUGGGUCAACUGAGCGUUAAGACAGCCAUCGUGCAUAUCCUUUCGAAUUACCUAGUGGAGCAAACGAAAAAGGUGCCCAUGGGCGCAGACACCGGCUUGGGAAUCUUCCUCAAUGGCGACGUCGAACUGAAAUAUACAAAAUUGCAAAAAUAAAAACUGAACGCUUUUUUUUCGUAA